CCCGAGGCAUGGCCACGUUGUCCAGGGUCGGGGUCAAAAGCCGUUGUGUAGUACCGAGAGAGAUUGUUGUUUGAGAUUAAGCUGUUCUUAUGCCAGCACGGGCUCUUGCUCAUAGAGCAGCCCGUAGGAGAGAGAGAGAGAAGAAGAAAGAGGGAGAAGAAGGCGCCUCCUCCCUCCGGUAGCAGACAGACAGAAGGGCGUAGUCGUGACUUCUUUCUCUCUCUAGUUUUGCAAGAAGAAGAAAAGGACGAUCAGCUUCGACGGACGGCCGAUUUGUUUACAUUUUAUACGAAUGUCGAUUCUGGUGUGGAACCUUCUUUCUUCUGUUUCAGGGAUUGUGGCUCCGCGUAAUUUGUUUAUGUGCACCAAGGAUUUCCGUGAAUUACUAUGGCCACUGGAAAUAGUAGUGGCUUAGGCUCGUCUCUCUUCAGGGGUGCGUUGCACGGUAACACGAGUAAUACUGGUAACAGUAAUAAUCUGCAGCAUCAUCACCAUUCAACUCAUCAGUUGCAAGUGGCUAGUCCAGAUCACAUGACCACUUUGAUGGCAAAGCUGUGGUUUGACCAUAAUGUAGAAUCAUCACUGAGAGAUCUCAAGAAGGAAGAGCAUGAGAAGCGUAUGAGAGAUCUUCGUAAACAACUUGAGCACAUCGGUGACACAAACUGGAAGUACUCUCCUGUCGAAAAGUAUAUCGGUCAACAGUGAUAUUCUUUCUCAAAGUGACAAUGCUUUGUCAUCUGUAGAAAGUGUUUUUUUUAUCUGCAGAACAAGGUUACAAUAACCAAGUCUUUAUUUUUUUUCAUUGAGAAAGAUACUCUUGAUG